CAAUAAUAAACAUUAUCCUAAAGGGAUCCAUGAUCCAAUCUAGAAAGGUUAGAUACUAAAGGUAGAUUGGUGUAGGAAAGCAAUUAGGUUUUCUUGAAAAUGAUUUCAGGGGACUCCUCUUGCUUCCCUAGUGGCUCCUCACAAGGCUUUCAUAUGUAUCAAGCUGUGACAGAAGAUGUUGUUUCUUCAACUCGUGAAGCAAGUUCCAGCUCAGAGACUCAUUCAAAUUCUCUUCUCUGCAAUCUCUCCCUUCUCAAAGACAAGGUCCAUCAAGUGGAGUCGUUGAUCAGCAUCCUUAUCGCACCUGAUCAUAGCCAACCUGAAGAUAAGUCAACUUCGGUAGCUUUAGCCAACAUGAGCACCAUGAUUCAAGAAAUAAUUGUCGCUGCAUCUUCAGUGAUGUUCACAUGCCAACAGAUGGGUAUUGGUAACGAUAUUUCAGGCAAUAUCAACACAAAUGACUUGCACCAGCCGCGUGGCUGCAAGGCUGAAGAAAGUUCCUUGUUAUCACAACCAAAUUUUGGUGGCCACCAUGCUGGUAACAUCGGAGAAGAAAGAGGGCAAAGCUUCUUCUCUCCCGAAUCUUUUAACUGGUGCAGUGAUAACUAUAAUGAUAACUGUAAUACUAAUGAGAAUAUUCGAGGAAUUCAUGUUAGCAGCAAUAAUAGGGUUGAUAUUAGGAGAGAAAUAUUGUCUCAAGGGGGUGAAGGUAUUUUACAAGGGCAAUCACCAAAGAAUUAUGAUAUCAUCGAAUUGGAUGCAGCCGAUUUAUUAGCCAAGUAUACUCAUUAUUGCCAAGUCUGUGGAAAAGGGUUCAAGCGUGAUGCUAAUUUGAGGAUGCACAUGAGAGCCCAUGGUGAUGAAUACAAGACUACUGCAGCUUUGAGCAAUCCGAUGAAGAACAAUCCAACUGCAACGCCAGAAAAUAAAGAAGCUUCAAUGAAAUUGCCUAGAAAAUAUUCGUGUCCACAUGAAGGGUGUCGGUGGAACAGGAAACACGCCAAGUUCCAGCCACUGAAAUCCAUGAUUUGUGUAAAAAAUCAUUACAAGAGGAGCCAUUGCCCCAAGAUGUAUGUUUGCAAGCGUUGCAAUAGGAAGCAAUUCUCGGUGCUGUCUGAUCUACGGACUCAUGAGAAGCACUGUGGGGAUCUCAAGUGGCUAUGCUCAUGUGGUACAACAUUCUCAAGGAAAGAUAAGCUUAUGGGUCAUGUUGCCUUGUUCUUUGGGCACACUCCAGCUAUAAGUGGCUUGACAAGGCCUAAAAAAUUCGAGAACCAGGCAAUGCAAAUGCAUCUAGAUCAUGAUAGGGGAUGAUGAAGCAACUAUAUGCAUGGAACCCUGCUCCUUUGUGGGAAUUCAUGUCCUUCAGAAAAUGGCCUUGUAAUUUCUUGGACAUGCAUGACUCGGCGUGGGAGAUCAGUAGUUGCAAUUGAUGUCGACAAGCUCAUAUUGUAUAUCCAUAUAUGACAGUACAGUGUUAGAUUUGAAUUAUUAAUAUUAUUAUUUUUUUAUUUUUUGGGAGAAUCAAUGUUAACUUGUUCGUGUUCAUGUAAAUGAGUUUAAAUGAUGUGAUGAACAAUGUAGUAUAUAUCAGCAUGUCCUUUGAAAACACAGGAACUCUAAAGAUUAA